AUCCGCAGUUGGGAAGCUUGUAUAUAUAUGGACGGAUGGCAAACCGGGACGACGACGACGCUGCAAGUUUCGCUCGAGGUACACAAGAACCACGGGCGGAUGUAUGACAGCGUUUGGAGAGUCGCUCGGGAGGAGGGGACAGGAUUCCAGGUUGAGACCAAGUGGGAGAGGAGAAGGCCUGGCCCUCCUCUCUUUUCGAAGGGUGAGAAGGUCUCGUUUACUGCGGCGAAGGAGAGGACUGCCGGCCCCUGGCAAAUCGAGGCCAGCCUCAGGAGGGUGUCCCCUCCACCGCUUCAUUGCCGACUAUAGCGGCCCAAUGGACUCUGCUACUCCCUGCGCCGUGCUUCCCAGCAGGCUCACCUGCGACGGACGAUGAGGUGAGCGGAGGGUGAGAGUUGGCUGAGUUUGAAAAAUUGGCGCCCAACCGAACGGCACACGACGUUGCCUGUCUGCCGUCGCCGCUGACGAGCAACUCUUCACCCCUGAAACUCUACAGUGUUGUCCGUCGCUGCUGGAAGCUCUCAACAUUGCCCAGACGUUCGGACGUGAGCUCCCUGUGAGCAACUUGGAGCUGACGCGUCAGCAGAGGUGCUCCCAUACGUCCAAUGACAAUUUGACAGUGCCUCCGAGAACGAUGGACAGUUGCACGAGGAAUCGGCGGCGCGUGUAAAUAAGGAUUAGUGAAACUCGGCGUCUCUCGACUUGGCUGCAGAGCAAGCAUGGCUUCGCCUCGCGCUCGAGCCUUGACAAGACAGGCGCUGGCUCAAACUUUGCAAACGCUGUUCCUCACAACUCUUUGUUGGAAAGGUGUGUCGCCAUCCUCGCAGCCAUGGAUACACAAGGAACUCGACCAGAAAGAGCUAGUCGACUUGUUUGAUGUGCGCUCCCACGCAGAAGUACCAGAGUACCAAGUAGUGAAGGUUCGUCUCAAACGAUACCUGGAACCAUUGACAACGCGGACAUCACAGUACCGCGCGAGGACUCAGCAGCCCGAGAAGUUGCUCUACUACGCUCAAAUUUUGGGGCGAAACCUUGAGAUGAACCUAAAGAAGAAUCAGGCUCUCAUAACCCGGAACCUAAGGGUGAUACGCAAAGCGCGCGGGGGAAGGGAGGUCCCGUUGUCGCUGAUGACGACCAACUGCCACUACCUGGGAGUCAACGGCAGCGUCGUAGCAGCGUUCAGCGAGUGCGACUUUGACGGCGGAAUCUCGGGUGUGAUCCUGCUACCCGAAGAAGCACUGCAGGUUAAGCCUGUUCCUAGCAGGCUACGCCAUCUGGUGCCCGAUAUGGGUAACAGAGAAUCAGACCCGCCACGGCAAGCGCUGAUCGAGACCGAAGACGUCCCGCACGUACUCUACGCUGCACCGCCUCCGCAUCACAGGUCAUCGAGAAUUGUGGACAACCGCGUCUACACUGAGAAGACGUUGCAUCCGUGGCAAACCAGUGAUCGGUUUCCCUGGCCUUCGAGACCCAAGACACCACGCUCUUCCAGGCCCACACUGCGAGUACGCCAGCCAAGCCAACGACCGACUGGAUGGCCUCAGAGAUACCCACAUCCGGACAGGCGAAAUAAGGGCAGCAACCACACCCGAAGGCGCAUUGCAUCCAGCGGUUCCCGCAAGAACAGCUCCAGCGAUGCUUCCAGCGUUAGAACGCGGCCUGCGGGCAAGCCUCAAGACGAGCGGCAAGCUACCGCGAGUACAAGAACAGAACGCCGACCCAAGUUCCUCGAGCUGGCGUUAUUCGUCGACGAGAAGGCCUACCUGAGCUUUCUGCACUUUCUGGGCAGCGAACAGAGGCUCAUGGAUUUUGUCCUAGGAUACCUGAACCAGGUUCAGGCCAUCUACGUGCAGCCAUCCCUAAGAGAGAAGAUUUACGUAUCGCUCGUUCACCUCGAACUGCAAGAAACGCAGCCGGCUGAUUUGCCGCACUACAACGGCAACCGGGACAAGCUGCUGUCUUCUUUCUGCAAGUACCAGUCACACAGGAACCUUGCAGAUGAUUCCCGCUGGGAUGCUGCCCUCUACCUGUCAGGGUUGAAUUUUUUCGCCAUCGAAGAAGGCCGAAGAAAUGUGGUGACGAUGGGACUGGCUCCAGUGGGUGGCGUGUGCCACAGGGACCAUAACUGCGUCAUCACCGAGAUCGGCACGACGAGCGAUGCGGGAAAGCCGUACGCCUCGGCCGGCUGGACGUCGGCGUACGUCGCGGCGCACGAAAUUGGACACAACCUUGGCAUGCUGCACGACGGGUGGCCCCACAACGACUGCCCUUCCAACGGAUUCAUCAUGUCUCCGAGUCGGGGCACCAAGGGAGAGACCACGUGGUCUCCAUGCAGCGCCCUCGUCGUCCACAAGAUGGGGGACAGGACGUGCCUUUCGAACAGGCCUGACGGAGUGACCGGGCUGCCGGACCUGGAAGAUCCGCAGAGCCUUCCUGGACAAGAAUGGGACGCCCACGACCAGUGCAAGAUAUUUCUUCGAGAUCACGAUGCCCAGCUGUACAACACAAGUCUCAUAAGCAAUGUCUGCGAGCAAGUCAUCUGCAAGACGUACAACCGUCAAGGAUAUUAUAAGGCGGGACCAGCUCUGGACGGCACGUACUGCGGAGGCCACAAUUGGUGCCUGCACGGUCAAUGCACGCCCGCCCGCGCGGGCUUUAUGAAGGCUGUGGCUGGCGGGUGGGGUCCCUGGAGACGCGAUUCCUGCCACUCAGGGUGCCUGGACAACGCCAAGGGAUUCAGCCGCGAUCGUCGCCGGUGCGACCGUCCCAAACCACGCAACACGGCCGCCACCUGUCGGGGAGACUCGGUCAGAACGAGACUCUGCGACGACUCAAAGAUCUGCCAGCGCCGGGAGAACCCCGUGAACUACGCCACCCGUAAAUGCGCUGAAUGGAAAUCGCUGGUCAGAGACUUGUCUUCGAAAGGAGCCCAAGUCAGGCACAACCCCGCCCGACCUUGGCAGGCGUGCGCCAUCUACUGCAAGAUCACCAACGGACCCUGGUACACGCCGCGGACCGAACUAAACGACCUCGGAGGAUCCUUCUUUCCCGACGGUACCUGGUGCCACAGCGACGGAGGCCGGGACUUCUACUGCCAGAACCACGUGUGCCAACCCGAACCGCCCAAGACGUCCUCGUCCAAAGGUCGCGCCCUGUGGCUGCUGCAGGACGUGGACGUCGAGCCGCGACUUCAGAAUGCCCGACCGCUGGCGUCAAUUAGAGCGCCCCCGUCGCCCGUGUACGACGCCGCGUUCAUCUACGAGGAAGACACGUCGCGACCCGUCGGCGUCGUUCAGACGACGAGCGCAGGCGCGGGCUCCGACGAUGCAGAAGACCAGGAGUACGCGGACAAGGAUUACGUCACCCUACCCGACAGGAUUAGAUGAUAUUGUGCAGGGACUAGCUGUACGCAUUUUAGUAUGUUAUAACGUUUUGCAGUCUUUCAAGACGGAGGGACAACCAGGAGUAUGCGGAACAGCAUGUCUAUAGCACAUGGAAGCCCAGAUCAGCAGUUACGCUGGCCAACUAGAUGGACGGGGUCGUCAACCCUUAGGGUGAACACGACUCGGCGCGGCCGCGCUCGCCAGUGCAUCCGGUGCGGCCGCGCGUCGAAGCGAAUCGACGCUGGCGCACAUAUACCCGUGAGAGGAGCUUUGCGUCGUCAGCUACAGCUCCUGAGCGCGCUUAGUCUGAUGCAGCAAAGCAAGGGCGCCAUCUCGGCGCUGGCUUGUUUGUAUGCGAGAGACAACACAUUUUCCAGAAAAUACGUUACCAAUCAACAUUUAAGUAAACCCGACAUCAAAAGUUUACGGGACGUUAGCUCCACAAAAAAUUAGAAUUCCUGCUCUAUUAUUGCGUAAUGUUUCUAAUCUACCUGGUGACUGUAGAACUUGUAAUGCCAACUGCAGGAUAGAACAUUCAUUUGGAGGUUAUGUUCCGGGACAAAGCGAGAAUAUAGCUUUCUCGAACAUAUCGCGUCCCGCAAACUUUUGAUGUUCGGUGUACAUUUCUUCAACAGGUCAACAUGGCUGCAGUGAUGUGAUUUGACCGCAUGUGCCAAAAAAAAAGAGGAGAAACGAAGAAAGAAGGGUGCUUUCUUCUUUGCUUUCGCAUCGUUAUCGUAUGUUGCAGUGCGAUAUCAAACUCUGGAUGUGUGUGUAUAAAGAACCAAAUUUAAAUUGCCUCACAAGCCGGUGCCUUUCCACAAAACCGAUAGACAAGCGACUAUCGAAAUUACGCAAUCAUUAAUGGAACAACGCUAGUUGCGUUGGUAACUCCUUAAAAGGCGCAAUGCAUGAAGUUUUCGGGUAGAUCCGAUGCUCCAUGCAACAAUGCCAAACAACCCUACGAGAAACGUGUGUUAUUCAAGAAUAAACAAGCAUGGGAGACUACUAUUAAACCUAUGCACGAAGCUUCUAAGGCGGCAAGCAAUGAAGUGAUACCCAACGUGGCGUAAAGUCACCGGUCUCCAGGCAGAUCGUGGCUUCGAGCCACAAUCCCGUGUCUUCCGGGUGUCAAACAAGAAUCUCCAAGCUAAUCUAGUCUGAUUUGUAUGAAUAAGCAACAUUCCAAGCCAUUCUUUUUUUGUUUUUGUGUGUUUUAGUGCUGUAAAUAAACAAGGUCUGAUCUUU